AUGCCUUCAGCGAUAGUCACCGGCGCCACCGGCAUCCUCGGUCGCGAGAUCGUCUUCGAACUCGGUCAACACCGCGCACAAUGGCCCACCGUACACGCACUUUCGCGGAGCAAGAAAGAAGACUACCCCGAUACCGUAAUCCACAGCCACAUUGACCUCCAAUCUGACCCAGACACCAUGGCCAAUGACCUCAAGAACGUGCGCGGAGAAUAUAUAUUCUUCGCCGCUUACCUCGCCCAGGACAAAGAAGAAGAUGCAUGGGAGGUCAAUGGCCGAAUGCUCUCCAACUUCCUCUGCGCCCUAGAGAAAACAGGCGCCAUAUCGCAAGUCAAGCGAAUCAUCCUCGUCUGUGGCGCAAAACAAUACGGCGUCCACCUCGGCGUGCCCCAACAGCCCAUGCAAGAAGACGCCCCCUGGCUCACCUCAUCCAAAUGGCCGCCAAACUUCUAUUAUAACCAGCAAAACAUCCUGCACGAAUUUUGCACCAAGCACAACAAAGAAUGGGUAGUAACGUACCCCAACGACGUCAUCGGCUUCGCAUCAGGAAACUUUAUGAACCUCUCUGCAGCCCUGGCUCUCUACACACUCGUGUCCAAGGAAAUGUCUGGCAACAGUGGCGUCGAGUUCCCCGGCUCCCCCGCCUUCUACACGAAAUUCAACAGCUUCACCAGCGCAAAACUACACGCCGAGUUCUGCGCAUGGGCAGCACUGGACCCGCGUACCGCAAAUCAAGCCUUCAACAUAACGAACGGCGAUGUUGAGAGCUAUCAGAAUCUAUGGCCAAAAGUUGCACAGUACUUUGGUACUACCGUCAAGCCAGACCAGUUCAAGAGUGUGUACGGCGGUAGCGGCGCAGCGGGUAUAAGCGGUAGAAUCAAAGACAUGGUUGUAGGGUCAGAGAGUCAGUCUUCGACGAGGGAGAUGGCCCCUCAACCGCCUAUUUCUGAAGUUGCGGAUGAGAGAGGUUUGCAGGGCACGCCGGUGCUGGAGCCCAGCCACGUAGAGCAGCACAUUGAUCUUGUCAAGUGGUCUAAGCGCGACGAUGUCAAGCAAGCGUGGAAUGCACUUGCAGACCGUGAGGGCUUGGACAAGGACGCUUUUGACAAGGCAACGUGGGCUUUCCUGGGCUUUGUGCUUGGCAGGAACUUUGAUCUCGUGAUUAGUAUGAGCAAGGCGCGCGAGUACGGCUGGACGGGGUACAGAGACACAUGGGGUAGCCUGAAGGAUGUGUUUGAGCAGAUGAAGGCUGCAGGUGCUUUACCAAAGGGCAGUGUCUAG